GGCGGGGAGCGUGGCGCAGCCGCUCGGGCUGUCGGUUCCCCGCCCCAUACCCCCCGGCACGGCCCCCACGCCACCCGGCCGGUCGCACACCCCCAGCCAGCCGAGGCCCGUGGACCUGAAAGCCAGAAAUGGUGAGAUGACCGGUGCCUCGCUGACUCUCACGGAGCAAAAUCUUCCAUAGCCCGGGGAUGAGACUUGCAAAACUGCCCUCCACCGUCACCCCGGAAAGUAGGAGGCUUUUUCUGCGGACGCUUUAAAAAAAAAAAAAAAAAAGCCCUUCCAUCCCCUCAGGACUGGGUUUGAAUUGCUUUUCAUCUGGAGUGGCAAUGAUUCAGCGACCCCCUUCUCAGCAGCAGGCAGUGACAGAGACAGGAGACGAAAAACACAGCGAAUGAAUCAGACAGCGACCUUCAGAGACCCGAGCCUGAGUGAGGACAGCUGUCAAAAGGAUAGACUCUUUGAGGAUGAAAUAUAUUGAAGUCUUCCAAUGCUGGUUGUCAGUUUCUAACCCUUCUUCAUCCUCCUGGCUACUCUCACCUACCCCAGAGGACAGAGCCCUGUAGAUGGCUCCAGAGAACUCUGGAAAGCAAGCAGCUUCCUCUUCAUGUCCGAACCUGCCACAGGUCUAACAUGUUGACAACUGAGAAAACAGAAAUCUGGCUAUAUCAUCCAAGGGAUUCCACUGGACCCUGCUGCCUCUCAGAAUUCGGUGAAACUCAGGUUUUUGCAAGGAGUAGUAGAACGGUGUUACACCCUUCUAAAGGGAAAUGCAAUGACCACACGAUCUUCCAUUUUCAAGGCCUUUGGAGAACAUUUUGUCUACCUCUGCUCACCAAAAAGCAAGAAAAUCACAACAGAUAUCAGCUUGAAUAAAGAGUCCAAAGUGGUUGGUCCUACCUGGCAGUAGGACUUCCACAAGGUCAUUCAGAGACUCAGACACCUUCCAGUCUGUGGUUCUGUCAUCCCCUGCGGCCCUGGAGUCCUCUGUUAGAUCCUCUGAUUUGAUCCAGAAAAAAAGAAUGUGGAGCGUCACUUGGAAGAUUUGUACUGGCCAGACCUGAAGGUGGCAUCCGUCACUUCUGCUCUUAUCCUAACAGCCAGCACAUCUGGCCACACUCAACUGGCAAGAGAGGCUGGGAAAUACAGUCUACGUGUGCGGCCAGAAGACAAGCUUCUCUCUGAAGACACCAACAAUAGCACUUGCAUGAGAAGAGCUGCGGUCGGAGCCCAGGAGGAGACAACGGAAGGCUGGGACCAGGGGUCUGGGCUAGAGGAAGAAAAAUUGGAAGACACACCAAAAUGUUGACUGCAGUUGUCUUCAUCUGAACCUUGCACUGACUUGGCGACUUUGCUGGACAACACGUGGGUGUUAUAUUUUUUUGCGGCCAUAAAACAACUGCAGCGAUUGCGGUUCCUGAGCAAUAUUGUCAUUUGGAGACAGGCCUCCCUAAAGUAAAUUAUGUCUUUGUAUGCAAUCUCCUGAUGAACAGAGUCUGCCAACACCUCCCAGAAAGAACCGGGUAAUCACCCUCCGGAUGAAUGAUUCACUGUGCAAUUUGCAGAAAAGAAAAGAGACUUCUCUUCCAGCCAAGAUGAAAGACACACAAACCACUCAGGAAAUUUCGGCGGUCCCGCAGAGUGAAGUCCAUGAGCAGGAAAAUAAAAUGGAAAAUCAAGCGCAAAUUGAAGACACAUGUGACAAUCUCCCAAAGACACAGCGAUCUGUAGUACAUUUUUUUCCAACAUCAACGGAUUCAGAUACCACUACACUGCCAUGUUCAUGGUCAUUAUCCAAUGAAAUACCUCUCAGUUACUAUCUGUCCAGCCCUCAAGUUAGUGGAGUAACUUUUUCAACAAUUGGACCAAAGCCUCUUAAACCUGCUCUAGUGAGCCAUUCCCAAUCAGAAGACAGCUUGGGACUCAACAACUUCAAAAUUCCAAAGAAACACACUAUGCCGGUGCUUGCUUCUCAGCUAGCUGUGGUUGGGGAAGGGGAAGAUUAUUUCCUAUCUUUGUUUGGUGAUUCAAAGAAACUUGUCAUGCACUCAUUCCCCACCAAGAAAACUUGGAAGCACUUUUCUAUGAUUCUUGAAGAAGUGGGCCAAUCUAGAUCCAGUGCUCUUGGAGACAUUAAAAUAGCUGAAGUGAAUGUCAAAGGUUUAUGCGUGAAGCUCAUUAACUCUUCCCUUGACAAAGAACUGGAAAUCGGAAAUCAUAUUCUCCAACAAAAUGUGGAUGGACAAACAGUCUCUCUGUACCAAUUCCUUCCCAAUAUCAAAAUGCAGGCCAAUUCCACGGUAACAGUCUGGGCAGCAGCAUCUGAAGCAAAGCACCAACCACCAUCAGAUUUUCUUUGGAAGGAACAAAACAGAUUUAGGACAAGCCCAAAUUGUACAACAAUCCUGUGCAAACCUAAUGGUGAAGCUGUUGCCUGGUACACUCCUAUCCACUGGAAGCAAGCAUGGGAGAAAUUAGAGACUGACAUUGAAUGUGACAGAUGCUCAGUAGUAAGUCCAACAUCUCGAAGGCACAUGUUUCAUUGGCCAGCAGCUACAACUACAACUAAAGAAAAACAAGACCAAUCUAAGCAAGAUAUCUCAAAAUAUCAGGUGGAACGAGUUCAAGCUUCUCUUACAAGAGAAAAAGAAAUCCCACCAACCCUUUUCCCCAAUCGCAGCCCCUGGUGCCACAGUCCUCAUGUCUCUGCACAUCCUUACUGUUCACUGAUUGAUCCUCACAACACCUACAUGACUGAACGCAGCUUAGACAGACAGCCCAGGUCUCAGUCAGCCAAGCCUGAUCUAGCCAGGAGGAUGUGCAUGAGGAUAUGUUAUGUGCACUUUUGUUGCCAACCAACACCACAGUCGUUGAAUGAUUACAUAACAGGAAAACUGAAUUGGUCACUUUGUGUCAGUAUAUGCAGACGGAGGUGCUGCCGUGACUGGAUGGCUUUCUGGUUUCACUACUCAGGUCAAAGAGGUCGCUUCUGAAUGUGAGUCUAUGCACUGUGUCAUCCAUAGAGAAAUGCUGGCUACCUGAAAAAUGUCACCUGAACUUAACAGUGUUCUGCAGGAUGUAAUUAAAAUUAUCAACCACAUUAAAGUACAUGCCCUUAACCCACGUCUGUUCACGCAGCUCUGUGAGGAGAUGGGUGCAGAGCACACACGUCUUGUCUGAUACACAGAAGUGAGAUGGUUUCUAAAGAUAGAUCACUGGCCACAGUUUCUGAGUUACGAGAGCCGCUCCAGAGAUUACUUUUAGAAAAACCAUCACCACUGGCAGCACAUUUCAGUGACACAGAAUGGGUCGCAAAACUUGCUUACUUGUGUGACAUAUUCAACCUGCUCAACGAACGCAAUGUCACUUCAGGGGAGAACGACAACUGUGUUCAAGUCGGCAGAUAAAGUGGCUGCAUUCAAAGCCAAACUGGAAUUAUGGGGGCGACGAGUGAACAUUGGGAUUUUUGACAUGUUUCAAACAUUAGCAGAGAUUUUGAAGGAGACUGAGCCGGGGGCUUCUUUCUCCCAGCUGGGGCAUGAUCACCUGUCUCAGCUUUCAGAAGAGUUUGAGCGUUACUUCUUAACCACAGAAGACCCCUGAAUUGGGAAGGAAUGGAUCCGCGACCCAUUUGUGAAUAAUCGACUUUGUCCGUGCUAGAAGAGGAUCAACUGCUUGAGAUCGCAGAUGACGGUGGCCUUAAAGGUAUGUGUGAGACAACUUCAAAUCCCCAUACAUUCUGGAUUAAAGUCAAGCCGGAAUAUCCUGAGAUUGCCACAAAAGCAUGAGGAACCUGCUUCCAUUUCCAACAUCCUAUCUUUGUGAAGCAGGGUUUUCUGCAGUGACGGUGACCAAAGCGACAUCACGGAGUAGACUGAACAUAAGUAACACACUUGGGUGUCACUGUCUCUCAUCCCCCCCCAGAUGGGACCAUCUAGUUGCAGGAAAACAAGCUCAGGGCUCCCACUGAUUCUGCAUGAUAUGAGUUGUAUAAUUAUUUCACUAUAUAUUACAGUGUAAUAAGACUAGAAGUAAAGUGCACAAUAAAUGUAAUGUGCUUGAAUCAUCCUGACACCAUCCCCUCACCCCACCCCUCGCCAUCCGUGGAAAAAUUGUCUUCCACGAAACUGUUCCCUGGUGCCAAAAAGGUUGGGGACCGCUGUAUUAGAGCACAGAGGCAAGGCACUGACCACAGCAUAACAGAGUCGCUCUUGGAAAGGCUAUGGACCGUUUAACAAAGCAGAUGUGUUUGCAUUGUUCUGCCGCCAUUGUUCCCAGUCCAAGCAUGCGCUUUCUUCUUGCUGAAAAUAGCUGACAGACUGUGGACAACUUUGUCAGAUUCCUUCUGUAACUCGAAUCAAAUGGCAGAAACUAGCCAGCAGAGAUUAUCCUACAGACAUUGCUUUAAGCUAACAGUGUGGGGGUGUGCCCUGUUUAAGGCACUGUAUUUGCACACUGUCUAAUACGCUUGCCUAUCAUCUGUCAUCCAUGUUACACACUGCAGUGGCAUUCAUUUUAAUUGUGGACUCGACAGCUGCUACUGUCUUCCAUAAAAAUGUUAUUAUAGUAAUAAUAACAAUAAUGUUCCUUAGUUUCUGAGGGUUGCAAAGCCACACUUUAAAAGUCAAUCUGUUAGAAAACAAAGGAAACUUGAUCAUAGAUAACAGCAGACAGGAAUGGAACAGUUAAAAUCUC